AUGGGAGCUGGAGCAAGUGCUGAGGAGAAACACUCCAGGGAGCUGGAGAAGAAGCUGAAGGAGGAUGCUGACAAGGAUGCCAGGACCGUCAAGCUGCUGCUGCUGGGAGCUGGUGAGUCUGGGAAAAGCACAAUUGUCAAACAGAUGAAAAUUAUCCACAAAGAUGGUUACUCGCUUGAAGAGUGCCUGGAGUUCAUUGCCAUCAUCUACAGUAACACUCUGCAGUCCAUCAUGGCCAUCGUGAAGGCCAUGAACACCCUGAACAUCGGCUAUGGAGAUUCCGCCCAGCAGGAUGAUGCCAGGAAGCUGAUGCACUUGGCAGACACCAUCGAGGAGGGCACCAUGCCCAAGGAGUUGUAUGAGAUCAUCCUGCGUCUCUGGAAAGACUCUGGGAUCCAGGCAUGUUUUGAGAGGGCCUCCGAGUACCAGCUCAACGACUCUGCUGGAUACUAUCUGAACGACUUGGAGAGACUGGUCCAGCCAGGCUAUGUGCCCACAGAGCAGGAUGUGCUGCGAUCAAGAGUGAAAACCACUGGUAUCAUUGAGACCCAGUUCUCCUUCAAGGACCUCAACUUCAGGAUGUUUGACGUUGGUGGCCAGCGCUCUGAGAGAAAGAAGUGGAUCCACUGCUUCGAAGGCGUGACCUGCAUCAUCUUCAUUGCUGCCCUGAGCGCCUACGACAUGGUCCUGGUGGAAGAUGAUGAAGUGAACCGAAUGCACGAGAGUCUCCAUCUGUUCAACAGCAUCUGUAACCACCGCUACUUUGCCACCACCUCCAUUGUGCUCUUCCUGAACAAGAAAGAUGUCUUCGUGGAGAAGAUCAAGAAAGCUCAUCUCAGCAUGUGCUUCCCUGAGUAUGAUGGACCCAACACCUAUGAGGAUGCAGGAAACUACAUCAAGGUGCAGUUCCUGGACCUAAACAUGCGGCGAGAUGUCAAGGAAAUCUACUCUCACAUGACCUGCGCCACAGACACAGAAAACGUCAAGUUCGUGUUUGACGCCGUAACUGACAUCAUCAUCAAAGAAAACCUGAAAGACUGCGGUCUCUUCUAAGAGACACACCUCCAACAGGAGUGAAAACCUUUGCGCUUGUACCCCUCCUCCUCAUCAGUGACCGGCGCGACUUCCAGAGAACGACACUCAAUCCCC